CUUCAGCACGUGUUGCGCUUAUUCCAAAUGCCGCAGUGACUGGCCAAAUAAGAAUUGGACCCAAGUUCAUUGCAGCGCGGAUCAAGUUGAGUUCUAUACUGGAAUGGCAAUGGCAGAAAGAAUAUCGCCAGAAUUGUCUCAGGGACAAGGACAAGGCAAGCAGCGGAACCAGUUCAACGACUUGGAAUCAGAUUCGGACCAAGAAGAAGAUCAUGCCACGACCAUCGGGACCGGACCGGCUGUUGCUGGCUCUGUUCUCCGCGCGCAGGUCAUCCAUAGCGGACACUUCAUGGUGUCCUCCCCCCACAGCGACAGAACCCCGCGGAGACGGAAAAGCGGAGCCACCGUGGGAUAUGAUUUCGAUACGGUGAACAGGACUUGGUGUCAGACGUACAGAUUCGGUCCGCUUAGUUCUGGGAGCCUCAGCAUCGACCCAACGCUGACCCGGUUAUUUGAGUGUAUGUCACUGGCCUACAGUGGUAAAAUAGUCUCUCCGAAGUGGAAGUCUUUCAAAGGCCUGCGGCUGCUCUGGAGAGACAAGAUCCGUCUGAAUAAUGGGAUCUGGAGAGCUUGGUUCUUCAGGGCUAUAGUUCUAGAAGGCAGCUUACUGGAGGCGUGGGAUCGAGGUAGUGAUCAGAGAAUACCUCAAGUGGAGGAUCUAUGUACAAGAAGAGGGGCGGAGCAGCCGCCGGACGGUAAGACGACCGCCAUCUACGGUGCCGUCGGAGGGGGUGGCCCGGACUCGCAGGGACCAGGGGACUUUCCUGACGCUUACCUUGGAGACUGGAAGGGUCAGAUCUGCAGGGCGGAGCUGGAAAAAUGGUCCAGUCAGAAGUACCAGGAGCCAGAGGAGGUCAUCUUUGACCUGGACUGCUUCCUGUCUGAGAUCCCCGACACCGUGUUCACCGUGACCCAGAAGCCCUGCCCCUGGGCCAACGACCGACACCACACGUAUACCAGCAACGCUGACAUGAUCCAGCCAGGUCUCACCCCACUGCAGGCCAAUCUGGACGACUUCAUGGAUAUCCCAGAUAUCUUUAUGAGCUAUCGGGGGCAGUCGUCGGAGCAGGCUGGUUAUGCUGACUGUACCUACUUUGAGAGCUCCUCCAGCGCGCCUUUCCCCUCUGUGUCGACCCCUGUGGUGACCUCUGUGUCGACCCCUGUGGUUACCGCUCCUCAGUUAAACGUCCACACACAACCAGUUCAGCCCAACUUCUCAUCGUCCAACUCAGGCCCUGACUACCAAAGACAUCCCCUGACCUCUGACAUGACUUUCAACCCCAUCAACAACCCUAAGUUCAAAGGUCACCAACAACAGGAUUACCACAUCGAGUACCAUCCUCCCAGCAUGGUAUCAGGGGCCAUCCCCUCCUAUGGACACCAGCCUUACCCCGGUGCCACCAUCUCCAUGGCAACCACUAACAUUCAACAGCAGCAGCCUGUUUCCAUGGGAGACGGAACCUUUUUGUAUCCGCCUCCCUGUCACAAGUACAGUUACCACGCCAACAGCUCCACCAGCUCUGUACCCUCUACCAUAAUCACCCACACAGGAUCCACUAUGGGUGGCGGUAUCCUGGGAUCAGACCCCCAGGUUCAUCACAGGUACCCCACCAUGUACUCCCCAACAUCCUGCCUCUCUCAGGGGUACCCGUCUGUGGCCCCUCAAUCUCAGUCGGCUCCCCCCUCUCAGACCAGCUGCCUGGCGAAACUACUGUCCUCCAGCACCCAAGAACACAAACCAACGCUGGGAUUCGAUGCGACUUUAGUAGCAACCAAAGGUCACAGGUCAAGCUCUCCCAACUUCCCACGUUCUAGUAGCAGCAUGCGUAUUGGAGGGUCUGGAUCUCAGCUGCAGCCUGGGUCUCCCUGGUCUUCAAGGAUCCCACCGCUGACACCAGUACACUGCCAGACGUCCACCCUGGGCCGCACUGGGCUCCACACUGGCACCUCCCACAGUUCUGCUAUCUCUGCCUUCCUCACCCAGGGCUCAACGCACACUAACACACCCCUCCUCAUCCCCAAGACAGAGAAACUCUCCCCUGUACAGAUCUACGACUCUGAUUUAACAGUGAGCUUUUCAGGAGCCUCAGGCCAGACGUCCCCAACCAACCUUCUAGAGAGGGAAUCCAACCCUGAGUCCCCACACUCCUUAAAUGUACAUUCCAAAAUGGAGUCAAACAAGACACAGUCCAGGAGGAUAACUCACAUCUCUGCUGAGCAGAAGAGACGUUUCAACAUCAAGCUAGGCUUUGAUACUCUGCACAGUCUCGUCACCACAACGACCUCUCAGCCAAGUAUAAAGAUCAGCAAGGCCACGACGCUACAUAAGACAGUAGAGUACAUCAGUAAGAUUCAGCAGGAGAGAGUGCAGCUGCAUGAGGAGGCUCAGAGGCUCAGAGGCCAGAUUCUGCUCCUCAACUCCGCCAUCAAUGUGUGCCAGCUGCAGCUGCCUGUCACUGGUAUGCCCAUCACCUGCCAACGCUUUGACCACAUGAGGGAGAAGUUCAGAGAGUACGUCCGGGCACAGACACUACAGAACUGGAAGUUCUGGAUCUUCAGCAUCAUCAUAGAGCCCCUGUUUGAGACCUAUAUCAGGAUGGUGUCCACAGCCAGUGUAGAGGAUCUGUGUCGCACCACUCUGUCCUGGCUGGACCAGCACUGCUCUCUACCUGUUCUCAGACCCAUGGUCCUUAGCUCACUCCGUCUCCUCAGCACAUCCACGUCCAUCCUGACAGACCCCAGUCUGGUCCCAGAGCAGGCCACCCAUGCAGUCACCCAGGCUCAGUGCCUCCUCCACCCUACCCAUCCCCAGGACCACUCCCUCUCCACGUGGCCCAUCAACUCCCCUUCCACAUGGCCCAUCAACAGGGAAAACACAAAGCUUAGUGACCCUAUGGAACACUAUGAUACCCUGUAACCCAAAGCUUAGUGACCCUAUGGAACACUAUGAUACCCUGUAACCCAAAGCUUAGUGACCCUAUGGAACACUAUGAUACCCUGUAACCCAAAGCUUAGUGACCCUAUGGAACACUAUGAUACCCUGUAACCCAAAGCUUAGUGACCCUAUGGAACACUAUGAUACCCUGUAACCCAAAGCUUAGUGACCCUAUGGAACACUAUGAUACCCUGUAACCCAAAGCUUAGUGACCCUAUGGAAUAAUUUCAAUAGAUGGAAAACCAAGCCGUGCCAAAGGAUCACAGAGCUGAACCCACUUUAAAGCACACAUACAGUAGGUACUAGUGCUGAGCGAUUAACCAAAAUGUCUGUAGUUUUUCAGGUUUUAAACAACCAAUUGACCAAAGUCGGUUCAAUUAUUUGAAUUCCAUUUCGUUCUGUUUUUUUCUGUGAGCGUAAUGCGCAGUUUCUCUAGAGAUAA